GGCUGGCGGCGGGGCCGGGAGAGGGAGCGGAGCCGGGAGCGGAGCCGGGGAGCGGCGCGCCCGCCGAGCAGCGCGCGGCGCGGGGCGAUGAACUCGCGCAAAGUGCUGGCCCUGCAGGCCCGCAGGCGGCGGCCCAAGCAGUCCGCGGCGGCUGGCAGGAGGGACAAGCACCCGGCACCCCACAAAAAGCCAGAGCCUCAGCAGAAAGCUCCCUCUGCACCCCCACCUCCACCUCCACCCCCACCUCCACCCCUGCCGGAGCCCACCCCGCCUGAGCCCGAGGAGGAGAUUUUGGGCUCUGAUGAUGAGGAGCAGGAGGAUCCCGCAGAUUACUGCAAAGGAGGCUAUCAUCCAGUGAAAAUUGGUGAUCUUUUCAAUGGCCGGUAUCAUGUUAUUAGAAAGUUAGGAUGGGGACACUUCUCUACAGUCUGGCUAUGCUGGGAUAUGCAGGGAAAAAGGUUUGUUGCAAUGAAAGUUGUAAAAAGUGCCCAGCAUUAUACAGAGACAGCCUUGGAUGAAAUAAAGUUGCUCAAAUGUGUUCGUGAAAGUGACCCUAAUGAUCCCAACAAGGAUAUGGUUGUACAGCUAAUUGAUGACUUCAAAAUUUCUGGAAUGAAUGGAAUUCAUGUCUGCAUGGUCUUUGAAGUACUCGGACAUCAUCUUCUAAAAUGGAUCAUCAAGUCCAAUUAUCAAGGCCUUCCUAUCCGUUGUGUAAAAAGCAUAAUUCGACAGGUACUUCAGGGUCUAGAUUACCUGCACAGCAAGUGCAAGAUCAUCCAUACAGACAUAAAGCCAGAGAACAUUUUGAUGUGCGUGGAUGAUGCCUACGUGCGCAGGAUGGCUGCUGAAGCUACCGAGUGGCAGAAGGCUGGUGCUCCUCCCCCGUCUGGAUCAGCAGUGAGUACAGCUCCACAACAAAAGCCUGUUGGAAAAAUAUCCAAAAACAAAAAGAAGAAACUGAAGAAAAAACAGAAGAGGCAAGCUGAGCUGCUAGAAAAACGCCUGCAGGAAAUAGAAGAACUAGAGCGGGAAGCUGAAAGGAAAAAAAUAGAAGAAAAUGUAACAUCAGCUGUACCAUCAAAUGAACAAGAAGAUGAGUACCACCCAGAGGUGAAACUAAAAACAGCUGAUAUAGAAGAGGUAGUAGAUGAAGAACCUGGAAAUGAUGAUGGUGAAGGAGAAGAUCAGGAUGAAAAAGAAGACACAGAGAAGGAGAACACUGAAAAAGAUGAUGAUGUUGAGCAGGAACUUGUGAACACUGACUCUACAGACCCUAAGUGGAUAGAAUCCCCCAAAACAAAUGGCCAUAUUGUGAACGGCCCAUUCCUAUUGGAACAACAGAUUGAAGAUGAAGAUGAGGAAGAGGAAGAAUGUCCAAAUCCAGAGGAGUAUAAUCUGGAUGAUCCAAAUGCAAAAAGUGAUUACUCCUAUAGCAGCUCCUAUGAACAGUUUAAUGGUGAAUUGCCAAAUGGACGUCAUAAAAUUCCAGAGUCCCAGUUCUCUGAAUUUUCAGCGUCGGUGUUCUCUGGGGCUCUAGAGUCUGUAGCUUGUGGUUCUGCUGUUUCUGAAGGAUCAACUGUAACUGAAAGAGAGGAGAGCAGCCCGUCUCAUGACAGGAGCAGAACGGUUUCAGCUUCCAGCACUGGGGAUUUGCCAAAAACAAAAACUCGUGCUGCUGACUUACUGGUGAAUCCACUGGACCCAAGAAAUGCAGAUAAAAUUAGAGUUAAAAUUGCUGACCUGGGGAAUGCCUGCUGGGUGCAUAAACACUUCACAGAAGACAUCCAGACAAGACAGUACAGAUCCAUAGAGGUUUUAAUAGGAGCAGGUUACAGUACACCUGCUGAUAUCUGGAGUACAGCAUGUAUGGCGUUUGAGCUAGCGACUGGAGAUUACUUGUUUGAACCACACUCUGGUGAAGACUAUUCCCGGGAUGAAGACCACAUAGCACACAUCAUAGAGCUGCUAGGCAAUAUCCCAAGGCACUUUGCUCUAUCUGGAAAAUAUUCUCGGGAAUUCUUCAAUCGCAGAGACCACAUAGCAUUGAUCAUUGAACUGCUGGGAAAAAUCCCUCGAAAAUACGCUAUGUUGGGGAAAUAUUCCAAGGAGUUUUUCACCAAAAAAGGAGAACUCCGACACAUUACCAAGUUGAAACCUUGGAGUCUUUUUGAUGUGCUUGUGGAGAAGUAUGGUUGGCCUCAUGAAGAUGCUGCACAGUUUACAGAUUUCCUGAUCCCCAUGCUAGAAAUGGUCCCAGAGAAACGCGCUUCAGCUGGAGAAUGCCUUAGGCAUCCGUGGCUGAAUUCUUAGCAGAAUCUUCCAGCUGUUUAAAAAAAAAAAAAAAGCCAGCAACUACUUUCCAAUGCGUUGGACCUAAAUGGUGACUGUCACAAAAUCUUUAGCAGGAUCACACGUGAGCUGGCUUCAAUCCUCAGACCUUUAUUUUGCUUGAGGUACUGUUUGACAUUUUGCUUUUUGUGCACUGUGUUCUUGGGGAAGGGUAGUCUUUUUGUCCUCAGCUAGUAGUUUACUCACCCACUUUCUUCAGAAAACACUUAACGUGUCUUUAAGCAUUGUUUCUUGUGUUGUGUGACAUUCAGAUGUCAGAUUUUGAACAAAAGAAACUUCCCCCCAUGUGUUUUGGCAAGUUUUGUAACUAUUUAUGAAAAAAAAAAUAUUUUAGCUGACGCAUAUUAUAUAAUUUACGAGUGUAAGAAAUUUAUCAAGUCAGAACUGAGUUAUGGCGAGGAAUUGUACAAUUUUAUCUUCUGGCAAAGGGAUGUCAUUCUUGUAUUAUAGUGUAUGUAAAUGCACCCUGUAAAUGUUUAUUUCCAUUUAAAUAUGGGACUGGGGACUCAAUUUCAGAGUAAAGCAACUAAGUUUUAGAGAGCUUUAUAGCAAACCAAUUGCAUGUAGUGGACUUUAAACUGCUUUAAGGAAUU